GGAGUAUGGUGAUUGGUAGUGUUGACUCUGAGUUGACGAAAAAGAUUAAAAAAAAGAAUGAUCGCAAAAUUCAAGAGGAUCUAAAACGAAAAAGGUAUGAAGAGAUGAAAGAAUCUAAGAGACUCAAAAAUGAUCUUCAAAUUUCUGAUGAAAGUGGGGAUGAUUCAAGUGUUUUAAGUUAUGACGAGGACGAGGGCGAUAUCGACAGCGAUGUUCCGAUAUUACCCAGCAGAAGUCCGUCAAUUCCAAAAUUACAAGCUAGGAUAAAUUUAACGAAUUUAGCAUCAGCCUGCGACAGAACAGGAGUAUCCGACAGGUCAGCAUCAAUUCUUGUAAGUUCUCUUUUACAAGACAUUGGUGUCGUUUCCAAGCUAGAUUCUUCAAAAGUAAUUGACAGAAGCAAAAUAAGACGAGAAAGACAAAAAUUACGUCAAAAUCUUCAAUGUAAAAUUGAAAAUAUAACAGGCUUAUACUUUGACGGACGAAAAGACAAAACAAUGAUUUUGGAAACAAUUGGGGCCAGAACACAUCGGAAGAUUUCAGUGGAAGAACACAUUGUACUUGUUUCUGAGCCAGAAGGACAGUAUCUGGGACAUGUUACUCCAUCCUGUGGGAAUGCCAAAACAAUAUCUUCAAGCAUAAUUGAUUUUGUAAAAAACAUCCUGUGUGUUAAUAUGGAAGAAAUUACAGCGGUUGGAUGCGAUGGAACUAUUGUGAACACUGGAUCCAAAAAUGGUAUUGUAUGUCAGCUCGAAGCAGCCAUUGGUAAGCCAGUACAUUGGUUUAUUUGUUUACUCCAUCUAAAUGAACUCCCACUUCGUCAUUUAAUGGCACAUGUUGAUGGAAAAACCAAUGACCCAAAAGGCUUUUCUGGAGUACUGGGAAAAGCUCUUGAGAGCUGUGAUAGUUUACCAAUUCAAGGUUUUGAAAAGAUAAUGGUAGAACUGCCUCCGAUAACUAUAGAACAUUUAAGCACGGAUCAGAAAUAUCUGUAUGAAAUGUGUGAAGCAGUUUCUAAUGGGAAUGUAGAUUUAGAGCUUGCAAACCGACAGCCAGGAAGAAUGUCUCAUUCAAGGUGGCUUACAACAGCUAACAGGAUUCUACGACUCUAUGUAGGAACUGAAAAACCUUCAAAGGAGUUAUUGGUUCUGGCUACGUACAUAAUAAAAGUGUAUGUGUUUGUUUGGUUUCAAAUCAAAACAAAACCAUCUUGUUUAGAUGGACCAAAACACAUUUUAGCACUAAUAAAAGCGUCAAAAUAUCUACCCAAAAACCUUAAGGCAAUUGUUCAUCCGGUAAUAGAGCGUAAUGCAUAUUUUUGUCAUCCAGAAAAUAUUUUACUUGCUAUGUUAGCUGAUAGCCGAAGCCAUGUCCGGGAAUUAGGCCUUAGAAGGAUUUUAAAAAGCAGAGCGGAUAUACAAGUUAAGAUCACCGAACCACCUUUAACUAGAAAAAUAUCAGAUGACGACUUACGCGCAAUGGUUCAAAAUGUUCCUGAAAAUAUAGAGCUAUCCAAAUAUCCAUGUCACACUCAAGCCGUCGAAAGAUGCAUUAAGCUGGUGACAGAAGCUUCAGCUUCAGUGUGUGGCCAAGAGUCAAGAGAUGGAUUUAUAAAAGCAAGAAUCUCAUCUCGAAAGCUGUUGCCAAAAUUUGAAACGAAGAAGGAAUUUGCUAAGGCUUUAGAAAAAUGA